GAGCCUGGCACCGGUGCAGCUCUUAUGGGUCAACUUGGUCACAGACGGCUUGCCCGCAACUGCCUUGGGCUUCAACCCACCGGACGACAGCGUCAUGUCUGAGCCGCCGCGCCGCAAGGACGAUACGUUGAUCUCUGGGUGGGCUUUGUUCAGAUACCUCACGAUUGGCAUCUACGUCGGCCUCGCCACUGUUGGAGUCUUCAUCUACUGGUUUUGCUACGAUGCCGGCGAUGAUGGGCACACGCUGGUUUCUCUGGAUCAGCUGAUGAACUGGGGUCAAUGCUCCUCUUGGGGCGGCUUCGAUGCGAACCCUAUCUUGGACCUUGACUUUGCCGGCAACGCCUGUAGCUAUUUCACAGUCGGCAAGGUGAAGGCAGCCACCCUGUCAAUCACCGUGCUGGUGAUGAUCCAGCUGCUGAACGCGUUCAACGCCGUGUCGGAGGACGCUUCCCUCCUGAUACGGCCUCCGUGGACGAACCCGUAUCUCGUAGUUGCCUGUGGAGGCUCCGCGGCGCUUCACUGCCUCAUCCUGUAUACGCCGGCAUUGGCAGGCAUCUUUGGUGUGUGCCCCCUGGAUGCCCAUGACUGGAUGUUGGUGGCCCUCUUCUCCCUGCCGGUGCUACUCUUGGACGAGGUGCUCAAGUUCUUCAGCCGGCAGCAGAGGACGUCUAACUAG